AUGGGUCGCCGACCGGCUAGGUGUUACCGGUACAUCAAAAAUAAGCCAUACCCGAAAUCGCGUUUCUGCCGAGGAGUUCCCGACCCCAAGAUUCGCAUUUUCGAUCUUGGCAAAAAGAAGGCCAAUGUGGAAGAAUUCCCAUGCUGCGUGCAUAUGAUGUCGAACGAACGCGAGCAUCUUUCAUCUGAAGCUCUUGAGGCGGCUCGUAUCUGUGCCAAUAAGUACAUGGUGAAGAACUGCGGAAAGGACAGUUUCCAUCUUCGCGUUCGGAAACAUCCAUACCACGUCACCCGAAUCAACAAAAUGUUAUCAUGCGCCGGCGCUGAUCGUUUGCAGACGGGUAUGCGUGGAGCUUAUGGAAAACCUCAGGGCUUAGUGGCCCGUGUCGACAUCGGAGAUAUCCUCUUCUCCAUGCGUAUUAAGGAAGGAGUAAGUCUUUAA